AUGGACCGCGCCAACGGAGCCGGUCCUGGCACGGGCGCCAGCAGGGCCGGGCGAUUCGAGGACGAGAAACGCCGCAUCAUUGAUUCCUGCUUCAGCAAGAGGGAACCUGAUGGCUCUCCCCAGGAAACAUACAUCACCCACAUUCGCAUCACCGAGUACUCGUCCCAUCCUGCCUCCCCUCCCCCUCCUCAAGCCCGCACGCCAGCCACCCAGAAGCCACGUGUAAUCAUCAUCGCCGUCCGGAAAUCCGGCCGUGUGCGUGUUCACAAGUCCAAGGAGAACCCUAAUGGCACCUUCUCCAUUGGCAAGACGUGGAACCUCGACGACCUCGCCCGCAUCGAAUCCUAUACCGGUCCCAACGUGACAUGGGAGCAGAAGGAGUGGGCCGGUAAUACCGGCUUCAUCGUCCUGCUCGGCAAGCCCUACUUCUGGGAGGCCCAGUCUGACAAGGAGAAGAAAUUCUUCAUCGCCUCCCUCGUCAAGAUUUACGGCAAAUACACAAACGGCAACCUCCCCGACCUCGUCGGUUUCGACCAAAAAGAACUCGAUCAGGUCCUGGGUGCAGGGAAGCGCUCGGCCAACGCGCCGCCGCAACCACCCCCGCCGCAGGUCCAGUCACAGCCGCCGCCAUCGCUGCAGCAGCCUCCGUCCAUCCUACAGCAGCCUAGACCUCCGCCCCAGGCACAGGCCCAGCCCAGGCCGACAGAUGCCUUCGAGAAGCGACCCAGCCAGCAGAGCAACUAUUCCUCCCCGGCACCGUCGCCCGCUCCUCCGGUCCCGUCGGAGCCCGUUGCUAGGUUCCAGAGGAGCCAGGCCCAGGCGCCUAUGAGCGGCAACGCGUCCCCGGCCGGUAGCUUCGAUUCGACAGCAUCCAGAGACCGGGCUGGAUUCCGUAAAGUCAACCCGAACAAGAGCCAGGAAUCGGUGGCGGUGUCGUUCGCUACAAGGAGCGACGACGCCUCCAGUAUACCUCCCCUUUCCCGAAACGGCAUGAACGGCCCUGGCGCUUUCGGACGAUUCGGCGGCGGCGGCGAGACUCCCGAACCCCUUGCGCCUCCAACGCAGCCCCUGCCGCAGCCGCCAACAUCUAUGUCGACGCCGACGCCACCGCAGCAGCUUUCUAGGCCUGGCACCGCUACUAACGAAGAUCAGGUGCCCCCCGAAAGAAGGCGCCCGCCGAUGGACCCCGUCCGUCCUCUCGACCGCGACCUAGUUCCGCGUCCCCUGCAGGCCGCCGUCGCCAAGCGAGAUCCCGUUGCCCCUCCCCCGAGAAACUCCGAUCGCACAUCGCCCCGCAAGGAAACGGCCACCCCGACCUCCAUCACCGGAAGCAUGGCAGAUGCUGGCUCUCCUUUGCCGCCGUCCAUGGCCAGUAUUGAACCUCGGAGCCCCGAGCGGGUCACACGAGAACCGCUGGGUCAGGCAACCGCUCCCGAGUCACCAGCUGCCCCGGAGUCCCCUGCCCCUGCCUCGAUUACUUCCCCUACCGACACGGAAUCGCUCCCCCAAUCACCUCCAGACGGCGAGGAAAACCGUCCAGGGCUGGGGCCGAUGAUCAAGUCCGCCAAGUCCAAGGGAGACCUAGCUGGCGUAUUCCGCAAGGCUGCGUCUGCCGCCGCCGCCGCAAACGUAUUCAAGCCCCGCCCCGGAGGUGCAGGCGACAGGCUCAGGCAGCUUGCGGUGCAGGCCAAGACCACCAACGAGCCAGACGGUAUCACGAGCGUCGUCCCCGCACCUCCCCGACCGCCUUCCCGCAACGAAAAUGAAAUUUCCACAGAGCCUGUCCUACCCCCCAGGGCUCCCCAGAGAGCAUCGCUUGUUCCAGAGGUCAAGAUCACGGUGCCCAACUCCAGCCGGCCCAGCAGCUCCCAGGGUCAGCCUAGAGAGGUUCCCAAAGAAGAAACGGUGGCCUCCAAGGGGCCGGAACCCCGGCAGCCUGAAGUAAAGCAGCCGAAGAGGUCGGUCGUGGCUGGCAAUGACGCCAAGUAUCUCCAACACCUGGGCAUCGACCCCAACAUCCUCGACAACAAGAGCGACGAGAUCGGUACCUGGCUCAACCACUUCGGCUGGAUUCCCGGGAAGCAGAUGCAGACUCGCAACCUGGACGACAUGAAGGUCGAUCUGGACCGCGAGAUCAACAAGACCCAGGCUGGCGGCUGGCUGGCGCGCUUCCAGGAGGAAGACGAGCGCGUGCACGCUAUCAAGCGCGGGAUCGACCUGUCUAUCUCUGAGUGUGAGGAAUUGGACAACCUUCUCACGUUGUACUCGGUUGAACUUUCGGUAAGCCUCAGACGUCCUCGCCGUGGCAUGUGUACAUGUAUACAUGCGCGCGCGCGCGUGUGUGUGUGUGUGUGUGUGUGUGUGUGUGUGUGCAUGUCUAUUGCUAACUUUGCUCAGACCCUAUCAGAGGACAUUGCCUACAUUGAGGCCCAAGGCCAGGGUUUGCAGGUCCAGACGGCCAACCAGAAGCUGCUCAAGAAGGAGCUCGAAUCGCUCCUCGAGACGUGCGCCAUCACGUCCACGGACCUCGACGUCCUCCGCAUCGCGCCGCUCGAUAAUAUCCGCGGUCUAGAGGAUGUGGAGUCGUCGCUCGUGAUCCUAUACAAGGCCAUGAACAAGAUUGACCCGAAGAAGUUGGGUGGCGACGACGGUGGCAAGGUGAACGGCAUGGCGGCUAGCCUGGAUGCGGACCAGACAUCAGGGCUGAACAGCAGCUACGGGCACAUGAGGAUCGUGCAGGAGAAGAAGGAGAUGUACAUGCAGGAGAGUGCCCUCUUCAUGCGACGUCUGCUAGACUUCAUGGCGAGCCAGUUCGACCUUGCCUCGUCGGAGACGCGUCGUGCGCUGGAGGGCGCUCUGUCCAAGAAGGUGGACCCCAGCCACCACGAGGCCGGGCGCGGCGUGCUGUGGAAGUACAGUCCUCUGAUGCUGUAUGCGCGCGAUGCGGACCGGGAAAACUGGAGUCGGUUCAUCCAGCUGUACCAGGACAAGGGUAUGGCUAUCUACAAGGCCGAGUUCCAGAACGCCAUCGUCACCUGGCGUCGCAACGCGCGCAAGAUGACGGGCGAGGAAGCCGAGCUGCUCUUCACGUCGCAGGUCGAGAAGCAGCAGGACAAUGUGGCCACAGCCGCCAGGAAACUUACCGUCAAGCGAAGUCAGACGCUCGCCCGUGCCCUCCGAUCCCCGCUCGCGGACGGCAGCAAGGUUGAGCGUGAGAAGGCCGGCGGCGACCGCAGCUUCCCUUACGAGGUAUUUGCUGGCGCCCUCGAUGACCUUCUCCCCCUGGUCGAGAUGGAACAGAACUUCAUCAUCGACUUCUUCCACGCUACCACGCUCGAGCAGGCCGACUUCCCCGACGCCGUGGGCGCGCUGCGUCCCAGAGACCGACGUGGUGGCGACCUUCGGCGCCGCAGGCUGAUGGAGCCGGACCGCGACCUGGCGCGUAGAGUGACGCGGGCCAUGGAGGUGAUAUUUGCGUUCUUGGACCAGGAAUUCACGCGGCUGAUGGAGUGGGUUCUCGGGCAGGAUCCUCUGUUAAGAGACAACAGGCAAGGAAUCGGUGUGCUGGUGACGGUGGAGAAGAAGAUGGCCGAGAUUGCGCAGUCGAACCAAGACUUCCUGAACACGAUAUUCCAGAAGCUGCAUGGCUUAUUGAACGGGCGGUUCCGCAAGUUUGUCGACGACCAGAUCCGGGCCAUCGAGGAGACCAAGGUGAAGAUCAACAAGCGCAAGGGCGUUAUCGGCUUCAUCCGAAUAUUCCCCAACUUCUCCACGGCGGUGGAGAACAUGCUGGCGGGCGUGGACCCCAGUCUCCCGAUCCGCCGCACCAUCGACCGCGAGUACGACCGCAUGCUCAAGUCAAUGUUCGAGUCGCUGAUGGUGAUUGCGCGGGAGAACCCCGGUGCGACAGCGGGCGGCGCAGACCCGGAAGACAAGGAGGCUCUCAACUUCCACAUCCUGCUGAUCGAGAACAUGAACCACUUCGCCGAGGAGACGGACACGCGCGGGCUCGAGGUGCUCGAAGUGUGGAAGGACAACGCCCACACCGAGUACAGCGAGCACAUGAACCUGUAUCUCAACGCCGUGAUGCGCCGCCCCCUGGGCCGCCUGCUCGACUACCUCGAGAACAUUGAGACGCAACGGCAGUCCGGCCGGCCCGCCACGGCCAUAGCAGCCCAGCCGUCCAACUCGCGCGCCAUGUUCAACAAGGUGCUAGCCACCUACGACUCUCGCGAGGUGCGGAAGGGCAUCGACGCCCUCCGCAAGCGCGUGGACAAGCACUUUGGCGACGCCGACGACCCGGCCCUGAGUCGCGACCUGGUCAGCAAGGUUACGCACGAAUGCGAGAAGUUCUACACCGAGGUCGAGGCUAGGAUAGAGCGCGUCGUCAGGGAUAUCUAUGGUGGUGAUGUUCUGUUUGAGUGGCCUCGUGCCGAUGUCAAGGCUGCCUUUAGGUAG